CCGACAGCAACACAAAAAAACAACACAGCAUUGGGAUUAGCAGACGUCAUCUUGGCAAGGAGAGUCAGCAAAUGGAUGCUUUGACAAGCAAUUUACUCGAAAGCAAGAACUUCCGUGUGGGUCUCGUUUGUUGACGCUAAUAGCCGGUUACUGCUGCCAGUAUAGUUGUACCGUCCACAACACUCCCUCAAGUCAAGACCACAGAAUCUGAAAGUCCCACAACGUGCCGAGAAAAAUCAGCCAAAGCUGGUGCAAAAGGUGAAGGCGACUUCAGUUGGCAACGUUCUUAAGGAUGUUGUUGAUCUGAACCGGUGAUUUCUGACGAAACUCUCUAGGAUCACUUCUUCAGUUGCUUUCAUGUCAUUAUCAAAUAUCGACCACACAACCGAAAGGCCAUAUCCCAAUGACUAAGAAUGACUGAAAUGACUUUUGCUGUCCGGAGAAGAAUACAUCAACUGCAAUUGGUAAAUCAUCGAUAUUGAAUCUUCUAUACUGCAUAAGAAUGGCUGUCCAUCACUCCCUCGAGGUCGCCAACGGUACCUUGGACGAUGACGGGCGUUUGCGGAGAACCGGAACCUUAUGGAGUUGCACUGCUCAUAUCAUCACUGCGGUUAUUGGAGCUGGAGUCCUGUCUCUAGCUUGGAGUACGGCACAGCUGGGGUGGAUAGCGGGGCCGGUGUGCUUGCUCUGUUUUGCGAUCGUCACCUACAUCUCCGCUUUCCUUCUAUCCGAUUGUUACCGGUCUCCUGACUCUAUCGAAGGAACGCGGAAUUAUUCUUACAUGGAUGCGGUUAGAGUAAAUCUUGGUACGAAAAGAAUGUGGGCAUGUGGUUUGCUUCAGUAUCUGACCAUGUAUGGCACAGACAUAGCCUACGUUAUAACUACUGCAACCUGUAUGAGGGCUAUUGCGAAAUCAAAUUGCUAUCACAGAGAAGGGCACAAUGCUCAGUGUCACUAUGGCAGUAGCUUCUACAUGCUGCUAUUUGGGAUUAUACAGAUCGUAAUGUCGCUGAUACCGGACAUCCACAAUAUGGAAUGGCUUUCAGUUGUUGCCGCGAUCAUGUCCAUCUCUUAUUCUUCCACUGGACUAGGACUCGGCUUCGCAAAAGUCAUAGAAAAUGGAAGAAUUGCGGGAGGGAUUGCAGGAGUUCCGGCUGCUAAAUUUGAGAAAAAGUUAUGGAAUGCCUUAGAGGCGCUUGGAGAUAUUGCUUUUGCGUAUCCAUACUCACUCGUUCUUCUUGAGAUACAGGACACUUUGAAGUCCCCUCCACCAGAAAACCAGACAAUGAAGAGGGCCUCUAUGGUCGCAAUCUUCAUAACCACCUUCUUUUACUUCUGCUGCGGAUGCUUUGGAUAUGCAGCCUUUGGUGACGGAACACCAGGGAAUCUCCUGACAGGGAUAGUGAACGGGGACGGAUUCUUUGAGCCCUUCUGGCUGGUCGACUUUGCAAAUGUGUGCAUUGUUAUCCAUUUGGUUGGAGGAUACCAGAUGUACAGUCAGCCCAUAUUUGCAGCAGCAGAGAGAUGGUUCAGCAGCACAUACCCAAAUAGCAGAUUUGUGAACAAAUUCUACACAUUCAGGCUUCCCUUGAUGCCGGCUAUUCGGAUGAAUCUUUUCAGGCUGUGCUUCCGCACGGUAUUUGUCAUAUCCACAACAGGAAUUGCCAUGGUCUUUCCUUAUUUCAACUCGGUUAUAGGAGUGUUGGGUGCGUUGAGCUUCUGGCCCUUGGCGAUAUAUUUUCCAGUGGAGAUGUACUUUGUGCAAAAGAAAAUCGGUGCAUGGACAAGAAAAUGGGUCAUCCUUAAGAUAUUUAGCUUAGUCUGCUUUCUUGCGACAGUUUUGAGCUUCAUUGGCUCAUUUGAGGUACUGAUCAGUGCCAAACUAAGCUGAGAAACUGUAAUUUUCCUUCCUUAUUAAAUUACGAAAGGGAAAUCAGAUGAUUAGUUCAA